CUCUACAAUCAGAACGUAUCACCAUCCGUAUACGUUCGACUAACGCACUAACAUCCAACCUUCACGUGGAUUAACACUCAACGUCUCGAACCCUCUCCAUUCGCUUACAAUUUACCCUCCUUUCUCAUCCCGUCGCUACUUCUCGACCAAACGUCGCGCAACGGCCUCGAGCCAGCAUGGCAGACCAUAGCUCAGACGAUAAUUUCAGCGAGGAGGAAGAGGAGGAGCAGACUCGACGUUUUCCCGAGUUCCAGGGUCUUCUCUCAAAAUGGACGAACUUCUUUCACGGUUGGCAGGACCGCUGGGUCGUCCUCAGCCACGGCCAGUUAAUCUACUACAAGUCGGAGGCGGACAAGGCUCACGGAUGUCGCGGUUCAGUUCAAGUCCAGAAGGACACGGCAAUCAAGGCGCAUGAGUUUGAUGAGUCGAGGUUUGAUGUGAGUGUCCAUGACUGCGUGUAUUAUCUGCGUGCUGAGAGUCCCGCUGAUCGACAGAAGUGGCUUGAUAUGUUGGAUGCUACAAAGGCAGUGAUUAUAUCUGACAACGGUUAUGGAUCAGACACACCAGCCAGUCUCAGCAGAUACAGCUCAAAAUUAUCACUAAACUCAAUGAUGUCUCAACAGUCAUCAUCUUCAUUUACUCAGCAAUUGGGUCCACAUCUGAGAGAGAAAUUAAACGAGAUGGAAACGUAUAGGGAGAUAUUGUGCAAGCAGGUUGAUACGUUGCAGGCCGUUUUCGAUGCGUGUCACGAGGCAACAGCGAGAGCAGUUGAUGAGAAGGACGACUCUCAAGUAGUCAAUGCGGAAGAGCCAGAAUUAGCUGAUACUUCGCAUUCCGACCUCAAACCUUUGAGUACGGAAACCCACAAUGACACUUCUGCCAACAGUCUUCCUAGUAGUCCAGCUCUUUCUCCGCAUAAAACAUCGGUGGCUACUGCAAUUGCUGCAGUGAGUAAAGGUGUCAUUGGAGUUGAUUAUCGUGGAGAGGCGUUCACAUUUAAAGCCACAACUGCUGGGGUGUUGUCGAUGCUGUCUCAUUGUGUCGAGUUGAUGAAUAAAAGAGAAGACCAGUGGAAGAGCAGAUUAAAAAAGGAACGAGAGAGAAGACUGAAACUGAAGGAAGAUUAUGAGUCAGCACUCUCACAAGCAAAGAGAGGCAUCAUGGCUGGACCAGACUAUGAGGAAGGUCCACAUAGUGCUCUCAAUGAAGAGGAAUUCUUUGAUGCUGUGGAGAUGGCACUUGAUCAGCAGGAUGAGAUUGAAUCUGCUCGUGAUCACUUACCAAGAAGAGUUUCCGGAGCCACAGACUCGACAGACAGCAACUUGCAGCACCUCCAACAGCACAGACUAUCCGAAAUGGUGGAAGAGAAAGUUAAAGAGAAUCUACAAUAUGCUUACGAAGAUGUUGGUACAUUGUGGUCCCUUGUACACGAAGACGGAGACAUGAAAGUGUAUCGGAGAGACUUGGAAGAAGGUGGUGUUGUCCUUGAUCCUCUCAAGGCUCAUCACACGAUUCCAGGUGUAACUGCUCAUGAAGUAUGUCAUUACUUUUUUGAUAAGGACUAUAAACUUGAAUAUGAUGGUACAAUAGACACUGUGAAAGUGUUGGAAAGUCUAAAUGCAACUACACUCGUCUUUCAUCAAAUUCACAAGCGUGUGUGGCCAUCGUCGCAGCGCGAUACUUGCUUUGUGUCACACAUGCGACCUAUUAGUGCUCAUCCUUCUGUUGACGUUAAUGGAGAGUGUAAUGGCUACAUGGUCUGCAACUUUUCAAUAGAUCACAACGAAGCUCCAACUAAUAAAUUCGUGAGAGCGAGACUGAACAUUGUUCUCAUCGCAUUCACUAUUUUGAAACCACGAGAAGCCGGAACUGAACUGACAAGAAACGACAUCACGUGCAAAAUAGUAUACUCAGCUCAUGUAAAUCCUGGAGGUUGGGCUCCAGCAGCUGCUGUCAGACAAGUGGCAAAGAGGGAAUGCCCGAAAUUCUUACGCAGAAUCACACAAUUAAUUCAUCGAGUUACUGAGGACAAGCCCAUUAUGCUAUAGUAUAUCUUUAUUUUGAGGAAAGUAACUAUGUUUUCACCUGGUUAUAGUGACUAAUCGGGUAUACUUUACGUAAGCAUACAAAUUUUGUACACGUUGACACACAAGGCA